CUUCCUUCUAUGGAAGAUCCACUGAAUUAGAGUACCGUCACCACCUUCGAGCAGCGUCACGCUUCACGCUGUCCGACAGCUUAAUAUUAUUAUCCGCUGCGAGGCGCUGCAGAGUACGUGACGGACUCUGUUUCAGUCAGCAGAAUCGCCUUUCUUCGCACCACAUUGCUUGUUCUAUAGUUCGCUGUGUUCCGCCCCACCUUCCUACGCCGCAAGCUCCCACACCGGGCAGACGCGCCGUAGCUCACCCAAGACUCGCUGUCGAGCGCUGCUGUUUAUCUCCACGAACUGCACGCGCACACGAUGAGCUGAGCCUGCUGCACCACUGCAUCGCACCUGCCCAGCUUAUACCGAGCUCCUGCCUCCACAUACGUGAGGGUGAGCCCCGCUCAGCAAACACACCGCCGUUCGCUCGCCGCGCACGCGUCGCUCCCAGCCAGCAGCAACACUUCCACCACCAUAAUGCGCCGCUACAGGCCUGGCGGCCCGGUGCGUGGGCACGGCGGGAUCGCUGUGCCUGACUCCUUCGCCAUGGUACGCGCCUUCGACAGCGACUCCAAUCCCGCCAGACCGAUACGACCUUCACCGCUCACCGCGAGCACUAUACAUGGCCUGCCUCUCGACCUCCUCGAUCGCCUGCGGUCUUUUCCCCUUUUCCAGGCCGCCCCUGACACCUUCCUUGCCGCCAUUGGUAUGCAUCUCAAGCCAGCUCUGUACCAGACACACGACACCGUCCUCACGGAGGGCGAGACGGGCAAAGCCAUGUACUGGCUGGUCCGCGGCGCAAUGCGGGUCACUUCGCGAGACCAGGAGAGCACGUACGCCGAACUGAAGCCUGGAGCCUUCUUCGGCGAGAUCGGCAUCCUCAUGGACAUCCCUCGCACCGCCACCAUCAUUGCAAACAUGCGCUCGCUGGUAGUACGGCUGAAUAAGGAAGACCUCAUGAAGGAGCUGCACAAGUUUCCAGAGGUCGAACGAGCUAUUAUGGACGAGGCCAAGGAGCGUCUUGCCAUCCUUGAGCGCAAGAAGAAGGAACUUGGAAGCAGCAACAAACGGCCUGGCGCUCCUGUGCGUCAAAUCACAGGGAAGCGUGACCGAGAAGACGGCGACGUCAUCAUGGCAGAGAGCGGCACGUUGCGUGACGGAGAAGUCGUCAACGCUUACAAGAAGAGAAAGUCACCAAGUCCCGGCCUGCAUGAAGCCGCAGCGAACAGUGCGUUUGGCAGUAUCGACGUCCACGUGCGAUCAUUGCUGAAAGAGCUGCCACUAUUUUCUGAGCUCCCAGACGACAUCCUCCAUUUUCUGGGCAUGCGUGCCCAGUCGUCAUCAUUCCCCCCGUUCUACGACAUCAUCAAGCAGGGGACAUCGGGUCGCGACGUCUACUUCAUCGUCAAGGGCGAGGUGGAGGUGGUCAAUAUCAAGCCAGCUCAGCACAAUGGCCACGUAGCGUUCGAUCAGGGUAGGCGCAAGUCUAUUGCCGCUGGCGAGCACAACUUGUACGAAGUUAAGGCUCGGCUGAGGCAAGGACAAUACUUCGGCGAGGUCGUCAGUCUUUCUUUAGCACCGCGCCGUACGGCUACUGUGCGGUCAGUGUCAUCCGUUGAGUGCCUGAUGAUCAGCGGCGAUACUCUCAGCCAGUUGUGGGAGAAGUGCACGCCAGAUGUUCGCCGACAAAUAGAGUCGGUCGCCAAGGAACGACUCGAGGCUGCGAAAGACAACGACGUGCACAUGUCGGAUUCGGAGAGCACCCCCAAAAUCGAUGAGCUGGCUAUUGCAGACACGAAGCGUCCACGAACACCGAGAAACAAAGAGAGUGUGCCAACAGUGACCUUCAGCGACCUUCCCGAUGCUGAUCUGCCAGUCACUCCGCCGCGGAGAGAUGAAAAAACGAUGGAGCCAUACGAUCCAGAUCCGUUCCUCAACACCGAUCUAGACAAUGUCCGGUCUAGAUCAAGACGGGGUUCACUUGCCCCUCCUCCACCCGACUCACCCUCCAGUCCUACUAAGUCCAGCUUCUCCAAAGAUCCAUCACCCAUUGGCUCACCUCUUGGCACGCCUCAACUGGGUGCGCCUUUUGUGCCUUAUCCUGUACCUAAGCACACAUCAACACCACCAGAGCCUGCCUUCGACUUUAAGCGCCCACGCAUGAUACGAAAACCAAGCCGAUUCAGCAGAGGCCAUCUUCCCGAUUCCGUUCUUGUUCAAAUCUUCCAGAACUUUGACUUGUGUGAGCUUAUGCAACUGCGGCAAAUCUCGUCGCAUUGGCAUAAGCUCAUUUCUACUUCGCCGGACAUCCUUCACGAUCUCGAUCUCGCAAAGCACAACCGCAAAGUCACAGACAGAACGCUAGUAGAUAUAGUUUGCCCCUUCGUUGGCACUCGACCCAGAAACAUAAACAUCAGCAAUUGCUUCCACGUAACAGAUGAAGGCUUUGGCGAAUUGGCAAGAGUUUGCGCGCCCGGUGUCAAGGUGUGGCGUAUGAAAAGCGUAUGGGAUAUCACCGGGCCUGCAGUACUUGAAAUGGUGCAGAAAGCUAAAGGGCUCGAAGAAAUCGACCUCAGCAACUGUCGGAAGGUGGGCGACAAUCUUCUUGCGCGUGUCAUUGGCUGGGUUGUGCCAGAUCAUCCCCCCCAGAUGGCGAUGGCACAAGCACAGCAACAAGCCCAGACCAGUAGUCGUCAAAAAGGCAAAGCUGGUGCCAAUGGCCAAACAGCACCUGCACCCUUGCCUCCUGGAACCGUGGUCGGUUGUCCAAAACUGCGACGCCUUACACUGAGCUACUGCAAACACAUCACAGACCGCUCGAUGGCACAUAUCGCCGUUCACGCAUCAAAUCGCAUCGAAUCGAUCGACCUCACACGGUGUACUACAAUUACGGAUGUUGGGUUUCAGCAUUGGAGCGUCUACCCUUUCCCGCGAUUGCAGAAGCUCUGCCUAGCCGACUGUACCUACUUGUCUGACAACGCGAUUGUUUAUUUAACCAAUGCCGCCAAGGGGCUGAGGGAGUUGGACCUGUCAUUCUGUUGUGCUCUUUCAGAUACCGCAACAGAGGUCCUCGCCCUUGGCCUCCCUAACCUCACGCACCUUAAUCUUGCCUUCUGCGGCUCUGCUGUCUCCGAUACAUCACUCCGCUGCAUAUCUCUUCAUUUACUUGAGCUUCGACACCUCUCUGUUCGUGGAUGUGUUCGUGUCACUGGUACGGGCGUUGAGGCCGUAGUGGAAGGCUGCAGAGAUCUCGAAGUCCUUGAUGUAAGUCAAUGUAAAAACCUAGGAAGAUGGCUCGAUGCCGGAGGUGAGCAGAUGGUCAGGCAACGGGGCCGUCGAGUCAAGUUCGAAACUGUUGCCGAUGGCAGGUGGCGCGUAGGGCAGCAGGCGCUCUGAGCAGUAAGAACAGAAAGUCGACCGGAUUUGUUGUUAGACGGUGUAUGAGGGUUUGACCCUGAUUGAAUAAUCAAAGUCUUCCUUUGAAGGCACAUCGCAUCGCAUAGCGUGUGUUGUGCUUUUGUUGUAUAUAUAUGUUGUUACGGCCGAUGAUUGGAUUUAUGGCAUACAAUCACUACUAUGAUACCAGGUACGUCUUAGUACGGAUGCCAUGCGCAGCGCUACAUUGCUGCUGCGAAUUACAAUCUUAGAAUAAGACCAACAUCUAAAACAUGUAUACCAAUAGUAAAGGCGAUAGUAGUGUUCAA